GGACUCACGAUCAUCAUGAUACCAUGGUGGCCCAAUUGCUAGGGCUGCGCUUGCUCUUUCUCUUUGCCAGCCUGUUCACCUCUGCAGGAGAUGCGGUUGAGAUCAUUAACCCCGGGGAGGUGGUGUAUAGAUAUUCGCAUGUUGAUGGGGUGUUGGCCCGAGCAGUGAUCCUGGAGUGCGGCACCGUGUUACCUGACCUGUACAUCUGGGGUUUCACCAAACCUGGCACCUCAACCAUCAAAGCUGUCGUCUAUGACUUUGGGAAAGGGCCGAGGAUCCAGACGCUGGCCAAGACACUCGGAAAUGUCCAAGUCAUCUCUAAGAGCGCCUCUCUCAACAUCGAGAAGUUGCCCCUGGUCGCAGAGGGCCUGUACACCUGCCAGGCCAUAUAUGACACAGAGCAGGGCGCAAAGUUCUACUACUACUAUGUAAACCUCACCGUCCACGUUCCAGUCAGUAAGCCUUAUGUCCUGCUGAGUGAUGCCUCUCCAGUGGAGGGCUCCUCGGCGUGGAUGCGCUGCGGCCUGGACAAUGGGACUGCACCCAUCCAGUAUACAUGGGAACAUGAAACUCGGGACGGUUUCAUCACGACCUAUACACAGAACAACAGCAGCUUCUUCAGCCUGACUGAGGUCAACCGCAACCACACAGGCUGGUACCGCUGUGUGGCCAGCAACCGCGUCAACCGAGAGCGCUCUGACCGCAUAUGGCUGGACAUUAUCUAUGGACCGGAUGUCCCUCAGAUCGAUGUGACUCCAUACAGCAUGACGGAGCGAGGCUACUCAGCCAUAGAGAGAGAGACUGUUUCUUUACUGUGUCAAGCCCAGUCCAACCCACCCAGUCAGUACGUCUGGUACUACAACAACUCCCAGGUGUACUCCGGACCGCAGUACACCAUCACCAGGAUCCUCCGCAUGCACACUGGACUGUACGCUUGCUUGGCACAGAACAGCUACCUCAACACCCGCUCCAAAAAAACCAUCAGCCUGACUGUCUACUACCCGCCUGAUGGCUCCCCUUCCUGCUCUGUGCAGCCAGCUCUGAAUCACAGCUCUCUGACACUGCAGUGCUCCUGGCCGGGUGGACUGCCCGCCCCCUCCCUCUACUGGACUCGAGGCCUGCUAGGCCCGGGACAAGAUGUGGCCGGCCAACAACAGGCAACAGAUAAACUGCCCAACAAUGUCAUCUUGCAGCAGUCUGUCACGCAGACUUCCAACAACACCUCGUUCAUGUGCGUUGGCUCACACCUUGCCCUUGAGAACACGACGUACUGCAGCGCACGCACUUACUCUCCCCCUGCAGAGCCAGUAUGUUUUGCCUAUCCGACCCGCAGCAACCAGUAUCUGAUGUUGUCCUGCUCCUGGAAUGGAGGAUCCCCAAGGGCCUUGCUGUGGUGGGACGGCCCAGGAGGCCAGGGUCAGGCAGGGGUAGAGAACUCCAACAUCCUGGUACUUCGCCAUGGCAGCAUUCACAAUGGGCAGGCCUACACCUGCCAUGCUAAGCACCCACUUGUGGCCCACACUAAGAACUGCAGCCUCACGCUGGUGGCUCCUGUGUUGAUGACCCAGCGCAGCGUGGUGUCUGUGUACGAGGGCAGCGAUGUCCAGCUCACCUGCAUCAUGAGAGCCAAUUAUCCCCCGGCCAGUCAAAUCACCUGGUUCAACAACCACAGGAAGGAGGUGUUGGACAUCCCUAAGAAGUACCUGCUGCAGCGGGCAGCCGCCUCAGCCAACCUGACGGUGCGAGAGGCAGACGGGAUACAUGACAGCGGCCAGUACUGGUGCUCUGCUUCCAAUGCAGUGGGAGGAAGCGAGAUCGAGGUCACGUUACUGGUCAUGAGGCACCCCAUGCCACCCAAUGCGACUCUGAUCAACGUGAUAUACACCAACCAUCAGCGCUUUGAGGUGCUGGUGGAGUGGCAGCUUGAGAACGAAGGAGGGGAUGAUGAGGUGAAAGAGAGAAAUGUGACAGGCUUCAUCUUGGAGCACAGAUGGGUGCGAUCAACAAAGAGAAAGAGUAAUAUUUCAAAAGGCAAACAGGAGGAGGAGCAGGAGGAGGAGGAGCGGAGCACCUCGCCACACUGGAUCCGCACCUUCAUCCAGGACGCAGCUUUCCGAAGCUACACGCUGGGAAAACUUGUACCCACGGUCAGCUAUGAGAUUCGCAUCACACCCGUCAACCGGCGUACCAUUGGACACUCCUCUGCAGCAAAGACUCCAGCGGACCCGCCCUUUAAUGCGUACCCGGCUGUGAUCGGAGCAGCUAUCGGGGGAAUGAUCUUGGCAACCCUCCUGACAUUGCUGCUGCUUGUGUGCAUAAUACGCAACCGGCACAGCAAUCCUCGACUACAUGACAUGCUGUUUGGCAGCCAGCACAGCCAGUCCAGGGAGAAUAUCAACUUCCCAGAGGAUGAAGUGGUAGCAGAGCAAGAGGAAGCAAAAGAGGAUAUUGGUGCCUCAACCAGCUCAGGUCCAGCCGUGGCUCUUCCCAGGGCAUCUUCACCUCGAGCCGCUUCACCCACGAGCACAAUGCCCACCGGUGACCCCGCCGCUCCGCCUGGAGACGACAACGAGCCUGUGAGCGUCACCAUCACCGUCAAGGCUACAGGAUCCUAGUCAUGGACUGAGGAAGGCUGUCAUCCCUGAUUACUCCCUGCUAACUUGGAAAAAUGUUUUGUACACACGUCACAAUUUUCCCCAAACCUGUGUCAUCAAUCAAUAACUGCAUACCUGGAUCUAAAAACAUUAAUUUAACACCAUAAACAAAAACACAUUUACAUAAUUUUGAAUAGUUGCAAGUUCCCUUCAUAUUUCUUCACCAAAAUGUGUCAUGCUGUGAUUUAAAUAAACACUGAAUUC